AUGACACAGUUGCUGGUCUUGCUGCUGGUCUUCCUGCUUCUGCCUGUCUCCGCCUGUGAGGUGCUGAAGCCCAAAUGCCCCUUGAAUCUGAUCAAGGAUGAAAACAAGCCCUGGAAUUAUUACAGGCCAGGAGACCAUCUCAUUGGGGGGCUCAUCUCAGAAACUCCUGUCCUGUUCCAACCAACCAUCUUUUCAGAGCCUCCCUCCAUCAGACUUCAUGGGAAAGGUGUGACAACGAACUGGCAUGUCCUGUCUUUCCUCUUUGCCAUUCAGGAGAUCAAUGGGCACUCCCAGGGCUUGCCCAACCUCACGCUGGGCUACAACGUCUACGAGGACUAUUUUGAUGCCAGGAUGGCCUCGGAGGCCCUGGUAGACCUGGCAUCAACGGGGCCAUCCAACGUGCCAAACUACCACUGUGGGAGGCAGAACAACUUGCUGGCAGUUCUCGAAGGAGCCGAGUCAGAAAUCUCCAGCCAGAUUGCCAGUGUGCUCAGCAUCUACAAAAUCCCACAGGUCAGCUACGGUUUUGUCGCUUGCCUUCCGAAUGAAUUCCCCUUUUUGUACCAGAAGGUGCCAAAAGCAGAUUGCCAGUCCCAGGGCAUUGUCCAGCUGCUUCUGCACUUCCAGUGGACGUGGGUCGGUCUCCUUGCUCCACAGACUGACGGUGGAGAACGCUUCCUGCAGACGUUUCCAUCCCUGCUCAUCAGGAACCACAUCUGUGUCGGCUUCUCACAAAGCAUCCCAUUCCUGGCUACAAAAAUGCUGCUCUUCCCCUACAGGGAGUUUUGUUUGCAAUCAAAAGUUAAUGUGUAUGUUUAUUAUGGAGAGAUCCGCUUCUUUUACAGCACAAUAUUAGUUGUCCAAAAACUUACUGAACUGUUUGCCAUGAAUCUCAUUGUAGGAAAAGUCUGGAUCACAACAGCUUUGUGGGACCUCAGUUUGACCUUGUCACACAGAGUUUUGUCUCCAUGGUUUGUCCAUGGCUUUUUCCCCUUUUUAUUCCAUUCUAACAAAAGGAGAAACAUGGAGGAGUCUUAUGCAGCUAACACUGGCAUCACACAAUUUUUUAGAGAAGGGUUUAACUGUUCUCAUUCAAAACCUGUGACAUCUGUGAAAGACCAGAGAAGAUGCAUAGAGAAGGCAGGACUGGUGGAGACUCUGCCCCGGGAUGCAAUUCAAGGGGCCCUUUCUCUCGAUAACUACAACAUUUACAACAGUGUCCGUGCCGUGGCCCACGCCCUGAAGUCUGCCUACUCCUCCAGAUCCUUGAGGUCGGCCCUGAAGACUGGAGGCAGGUCUGUGCUUCAAAGGGUGCAGCCGUGGCAGCUUCACUCUUUCAUGAGGAACUUCCAGUUUCACAAUACUUCCACGGAUGGAGUUUAUUGGGAUGAAAAUGAGGAUCCAGCAGCUAACCUGGACCUUAUGAACUGGGUGUUGCUUUCCAACACGUCCUUUGGGGGAGUGAAAUGUGGGAGCGCAGAGAGACUGGCGUCCUCAGACAUCAAGUUCACCAUUGACACGGAAGCCAUUGUGUGGCCCAAGAGCAUGCCUCGCUCCCGGUGUACCGACAGUUGUCCCCCUGGCUAUGCCAAAGUGGCCAAAAGAGGAGAGCCUGUUUGCUGCUAUCGGUGUGUUCGAUGUACAGAGGGGACCAUCUCCAUUCAAGAAGAUGCAGAAUACUGCAACAAAUGUCCAGAAAAUGAGUAUCCCAAUAAGGAACAAGAUUUCUGUGUCCCCAAAACUGUCAUCUUCCUCUCUUAUGAAGAACCACUGGGGGUCAUCCUAACUUUCUUUGCCCUGUUUCUGUGCCUAAGCACAGCCUUGGUGUUAGGAGUCUUUAUAAGACACCUAGAAACUCCGCUGGUCAAAGCCAACAACCGGGACCUCUCCUACGUUCUCCUGGUCUCACUCCUGCUGUCCUUUUGCUCUUCCUUCCUUUUUAUUGGGCGGCCAAGAAAGGUCACCUGCCUUCUCCGGCAAACUGCCUUCAGCACCAUCUUCUCGGUCGCUGUCUCCUCUCUCCUGGCCAAAACCAUCACCGUGGUGGUGGCCUUCAUGGCCACGAAGCCCGGGAGCGGGAUGAGGAAAUGGCUGGGGAAGAGUCUGGCAAACUCCAUCGUCCUUUCCUGUUCCGCCCUUCAAGCAGGCAUCUGCACUGUCUGGCUGGGGCUCUCUCCCCCCUUUCCAGAUGCUGACCUGCAUUCCUUGCCUGGACACAUCACCCUGCAAUGUAAUGAGGGGUCUGCUGCCAUGUUUUAUGGGGUCCUGGGCUACAUGGGCUUCAUGGCGGCUGUCUGUUUCACGGUGGCCUUCCUGGCCAGGAAGCUGCCGGGGGCCUUCAACGAAGCCAAGCUGAUCACCUUCAGCAUGCUGGUCUUUUGCAGCGUGUGGGUGUGCUUUGUGCCCACCUAUCUGAGCACCAAGGGGAAAUACACGGUCGCCGUGCAGAUCUUCUCCAUCUUGGCCUCGGGCGCUGGUUUGCUGGGCUGCACCUUCCUCCCCAAGUGCUACAUUCUCUUACUGAGGCCUGACCUGAAUACAAGGGAGCAUCUCAUGAUGAAAGCGAAAGAGGCCACCUGA